UGCAGAUAUAUUUGCAGUGAUACAUUGUAACGAUUCUUAGCAAUAAUAUUUAUUUUACUUGGAACUUUUAUUGCCUUUUUGAUUCAGUAUUCACUAUCACCAUCAUAAAGUAUGGUUGAAUUUCUUAUGUUUCAAUACAUUCCUUUUCAUCACAUCUGCGAGGAACUUAAUUCAUAAAACUAAACUAUGUAAAACUUUUUUUUCUCUUUUGAACUCUUCGUGUGUGUUUUAUUAACCACAACUCAUAGGUGAUCCGUAAUCCGUAUUAAUUGUUUAAUAGUGAAUACUUAAUAGUUAUUCUGUGCACACACAACAGCAACAAUAUUAUUAUCAUCACUAUAAAAUAUGUAACCAGCGAUGUUGUGAUACAAUAUUUUAUCAUAAGAUAAACUAUACCAUUAAUUGAUAUCUAAUACUCGUUCUUAACAGUUAUUAUAAAAUUUUGUUUUAAAACAAACAAUUAGUUUUAAAGUUAUAACCUUAAACCCAUUUAAUUUAUAUAGGUUCUGAAUAAAUGUUAAUGAAUUACUCUUGAGGAGUAUACCUAUUUUCUUCAAUGGAAAACAAUUUGAUAACACCAAAUAAUUACGUUGAUUGCUGUCGGACUUGCUUAAAAAGAAAUUCUGACAACAUGUUGGAUAUAUUUGAUGAACAGGAUUUGGUCAAUAUAUUGACCUUGUGCACUUCAAUACAGGUCCAAAAAGUAGAUUUAUUACCCAAGAAAAUAUGCGAGUCUUGCUAUGAGUGUCUAGUAACGUUUUAUAAAUUCAAGAAGCUUGCCGAAGAUAUAGAUCAUCAGUUCAAAAUUAUUGCUCUUAAUAAACAAUUAAGUGUACAAGUAAGACCAGACUCAAACCUUAAAGAAGUAUUUCUAAAUAGUGCUGCUGAAAAUAUAAAUAUUUGCAUAGACACACCUCUAUUAAAAUGUGAUGUUUGUAAUAAAGAAUUUAAGAGCAAACCUGAAUUAGAACAUCAUGUAAAGGAGCAUUCACCAUUAAACUGCAAUAUCAAUAAGACAAAGUUGUAUAAUAAUCCAAUCAGACAACGGAUCAACCAAAAUCUACUAUGUAAUGUAUGUAACAUUUCAUUUAAAACUAUAAACUCACUAUCAGCACAUAAACGUAAACAUACUGAGAGAGGGCGCAUAUUGUCUUGUUUCAAAUGUGGUAAAGUUUUUAAAAAAGUAAGCCAUUUAAAACGUCAUGAACAAAUACAUAAUGACAACCACCCGUAUAAGUGUUUUCUGUGCUCCAAAACAUUUCCCUUAGAAAGUCGCUAUAUGGAACAUAUAAAUGAACAUAAUGGAAUUAAAACUCACACAUGUGCGUUAUGUGCGAAGGCAUUUGCACAUUUGUCAACAUUAAGAACUCAUUUAAAUAACCAUAUGAAGAAGACACUGAAUCUAUGCCCAACAUGUGGAAAGACCUUUGUUAGUAGAACUAAUUUGAGCCAGCAUAUGAAACGGCAUAAUGGGUUAAAGACUUUUGUAUGUACCUUGUGUGCUAAGCAGUUUGUUACUAAUGGAGAACUAAAAUCCCACCUCAAAACACAUUCAGGAGAACCCGAGUGUGCUUGUGAUCAAUGUGGAGUCACAUUUACAAAGAGGAGUUCAUUAAACAAACAUAAACUCCGACAUCUUGGUAUUAGACCCUAUAAGUGUGAAACCUGUCCAAAGAAGUUUACAAGUAAAGGAGGUCUUAAGCGACACCACCGAAUACAUACAGGCGAAAAACCAUACAGAUGUGAAAUUUGUAAUAAAGCAUAUACACAGAGCAAUGAUCUCGUGAAACAUACGAGAGGGCAUCUUGGAGAGAAAUUGUAUAAAUGUUCGCACUGUCCAGAAAUCUUUCGCCUACAAACAGAGCUACGGCGCCACACAUCUCAACAUUUUAAUCAGAUUGAAUCAAGCUAUUUAUACAAAGACAUGGGAGAACGUUUAAUAAAUCAAAUAAAUAAAAAUGUAGAUAAAAGUAUAGAAAGUUGAAAUAUAAAAAAUAUCAAAACAUAUUGUACGAAUUAC